UCAGAGGUCAGCCCCAGGACGUCAGCCACAAACAGGCUUCCUGUCUGUGCUCCAGCGGAGGUUUUCUGCUGCCUCAGACGAACCCCAGAUAACGAACCCAGAGCUCGUCCUGAGUGUCGGCGGCAGCGUACAGUGAGCUCACGCCUGAUCCUAAAGGCGUGUCAGAGAUGCUGGGUGGAGAUCUGGUGGCGGUGUGGGAGGUGGCGCUGAGCGACGGCGUUUUCAGGAUUGAGUUCGCCCAUGGUACCACCACCGGGAAACGUGUUGUUUAUGUCAACGGACAGGAAGUCAUCAGAAAAGACUGGAUGUUCAAGCUGGUUGGAAAGGAAACAUUCACCGUGGGAAGCACAAACACCAAAGCCACCAUAGUCAUCGAGGCCAUCAGCGGGUUCGCCUACGAGUACACGCUGGAGAUGGACGGGAAGAGUCUGCAGAAGUUCAUCAACAACAAGGCUCAGACCACCAAAACCUGGCUGCUCAGAGUGGACGGAGCCGACUGCAGGGUGGUUCUUGAAAAGGACACAAUGGAUGUUUGGUGCAACGGGCAGAAAAUGGACACAACGGGAGAGUUCGUGGACGACGGUACAGAGACACACUUCAUGGUGGGGGAGCACGAGUGCUGCAUCAAGGCUACCAGCAGUGGGAAGAAGAAGAGCGGCAUUGUGCACUAUUUACUGCUGGACGGGGAGAAAAUAGCAGCUUCGACACAAUAGCUGAGAACUUUCAAAGAGACUGUGUGGAUGAGCACGCCAUGUAGAAAUACCAGGCAGAUACAAACAACACUGGCUGCGCUUUAUUUUGAAGGAUCUGUUUUUCCAUUUGGUUUUGAUGACACAUUUUGAAAAUAUGUUCAUGUAAAUAAUGCAAAUAAACACUGAAAAUGUGCAGCAUUCACUUUGUUGUAUGUUUUUAUUUUCUACUGGGUGAUUUAUUUGACACCUGAUCAAACAGCUGAUCUUCUGUGUGAAUUGAAUAUGUAACUGUGAAUAUUUUGGCUGUGUCAUGGUUUACG